UUCGUUUUGUGGUCAUAGUAAGAUAACUUAAUUUUUAUCAGUUAUAGAGAUUGAAUGCUGUUCUCAUGUUGAACUUUCUAAAACAUACGAAACAUAUGCAAAAAAAAUACGGCCUAUUUCGAGAGCUGUGGACAGUCCCUCUGGGGAUGCACAUUUUAGAUGUAAACUACAGACAAUACAAGGAAAUAGGAAGCCCCCUUUGCACCGGCCAGGCUCCAGAAGGUUCUCAGAAAGUGCAGCGCAGAGCUCGUCGAAGUUCACAACAGCCGGCCUGGAACAGCACAGUUGGCCACCUGGGAACUGGAAGGGAUUGAUCCAAAGUAAUGGCUGAAGAAAUACCACUGCGAGAAAAGAAGCAGAAAAGUCUACCUCGGUCUGAUGGGUGGGGUCUCAAUAACUUUGACGCUCUGGAUUUGACUGGAGGCCUGAGGAUAGUCCUGGUGGGCAAGACAGGAUCAGGGAAGAGUGCAUCCGGAAACACCAUCCUUGGGAGAGCUGCCUUCAAAGAGGACCCAAGCCCUGUGUCUGUGACCCAACACUGCGAGACCCAGAGUGGGGAAGUGGACGGGACUGUGGUCCAGGUGAUUGACACCCCUGGUCUGUUUGAUACAGGCAUCACAGAGGAAGAAUUAAAAACCAGAAUAGAAGAAUGUGUCACCAUGUCGGUGCCUGGCCCUCAUGCCUUCCUACUGGUGAUCAGGCUUGGGGUGAGGUUCACAGAGGAGGAAAGAAAUGCGGUGAAGUGGAUCCAGGACAACUUUGGAGACGACGCCUCCAUGUACACUAUCAUGCUGUUUACGUGUAAAGACCAGGCCAAAGCUGACAAUGCUCUGAAGGAGUGCAAGGAGCUACGGAGACUCUCGAUUACAUUUGGACGCAGAUACCAUGCCUUCAACAACAACGACGCAGACGACCGCGUGCAGGUCUCAGAGCUGAUCACCAUGAUCAAGGAAAUGGUACAGGAUAACGGGGGGAAACACUACACUAAUGAGAUGUAUGAAAAAGCCCAGAGGAAGCUGAGAGAAGAGGAGGAGCGGAAGAAACAAGAGGAGGAAGAGAAGAAAGAGGAGGAGAGGAAAAUAUGGGACGCUGAGAGGGAGAAGAAAGAGAAAGAGAGAGAAAAGGAGAAAAGGGCUAAAAAGAUGAACAUACGUGUGGCUUCGGCUGCUGCUGUUGUGUUGGUGUUCGCUGGUAUGGUUAUAGCGGUGGGAGCCAACACCACCGUGGCUCUGGCUCUAGGAGCUCCUGUGCUUGUCCUGGGGGUGUUGUGUGGUUUAGCUUCCAUUUGCAUAUGGAAGGGCACAAGGUGCAAAUCUAAAGCAACUGUUCCAGUAUAACUUUGUGGAGGCAAACAACAAGGACACAUUCAUCCGUCUGCAGUAUGUGACACUGAAUACAGUCUAAGAGUUACACACAUUUCUAUUUCCUGUUGAGAACUUCAUUUAAUACUGUUGUUUUGGCCUGUUUUUAAGUUUGACACAACUUCGCAAUAUCAGAGCCAUGUGAAUUUAGCGCUGAUAGUGAACAAGCGGUAUGAAAUGCAAUACUUAUGUUUUCUUUUUGUUUGUUUUCUUUUCAUUCAUUUAUUGUUUGGAGCUUAUAUAUGAAACCCAUGUCAUGAGUUGUACUUGAACGGCUUCUUGCUUAUGAGAAACAGUUGGAGUCAUUAAUAAAUAAUGUUAGAAAACACUGAUAUUUUCUCAUGGAUUUUGCAAAUAUAUCUUUUUGCACGGUUCAUACUUUCAUAACUUAUGUGAUUUCUUCUACAAUCAACUAUUCAUGCAGGUUGAUAACUGGGCCUUAUUUAAACCAGUGAUAUGCUGUUUGCCUGACUUUAUUAUUAGUAACAUUAUGAGCUCACUUCCCUAAAGGAAAAGAGACAAUGGUAAACGUCCGCUGACCGAUCACAUUUAAGUGAGGAAACACCUCACUAUACUGCCACUGCAUCACUACCACCACAUACCAACUACCACAAACAAAGAAAAAGUCUUACACUGGUGAACGUUGCGUCAGUCUGUCAGCCACAGGCUGAAUCCCAUUCUUUUUACAGACUGUUUGUUCUGUUUCAUACUUCCACUAGAUCAUUUUCACACUGUGAAUCACAAACAUUGUCUUCAAUAAUGUGAAACAGUUAUUAAGUGAAAUGUGGGUGUAUCUCUUAAGAAGAACUAAUCACUGGUUAGGUUGCUGAGUUUGUUUCUGGCAUCCAACCCAAACAUGCAACGAAGUGACUACAGGGUGUUGUUUCAUUGACUGUGUCUAAGAAAGAUACAAGAAGCAAAGAGCACGUUCGUGAUUUAACUGGACAUAUAGCAGAUUGAGUCUUCAUGCAUACACAGUUGUAAAGUUGAAAUAGGAGUAAAUGAAUCAAAAUAAA